UCUCUUCCAUGAGAGAUGGACCUUUUACUACCCAUUCUCUACCUCUCCUUUGUCCUUCUCCUCUCUCCUCCAGUUUCUGCAUGGCAUUGGCAUUGGCAUACGUACAAACACCCUCCUAUACCAUGGCACCCUCCGUACUGGACACCUUUCUACCACUACAAAACACCCCCACCAACUAUACAUACGUAUCCAUCCCCUCCACCACCCGUAUAUGCGUAUAAAUCACCACCACCACCCGUAUACAAGUACAAAUCACCGCCCCCGCCACCCCAUCUACACAAACCCAAGCCGCCCCCAUCUCCCGUAUAUACAUACAAAUCUCCACCCCCGCCCGUAUACAAAUCCCCGCCAUUGCCCAUAUACAAAUACAAAUCUCCUCCACCACCCAAAUACAAAUACGCAUUGCCACCACCUCCACCUUCACGUGUAUGUAAACCUCCAUCAAUACCCGUAUACAAAUACAAGUCUCCACCGCCACCCACACACAAAUACCAGUCUCCACCUCGGCCUGUAUACAAAUACAAGUCUCCACCACCACCAGUGCAUAAAUACGAAUCUCCUCUACGACCUAUAUACAAAUACAAGUCACCACCGCCGCCUCCACCCACAUCCAAAUACAAGUCUCCGCCGCCACCCAUGCACAAGGCUCCGCCGGUACCUAUAUACAAAUACAAGUCACCACCACCGCCCGUAUACAAAUACAAGUUUCCUCCACCACCCUUUCACAAAUCUCCUCCCAUACCUGUAUACAAAUACAAGUCUCCUCCACCACCCUUGCACAAAUCUCCUCCCAUACCUGUAUACAAAUACAAGUCUCCUCCACCACCCGUACACAAGUCUCCUCCACCACCCUUACACAAAUCUCCUCCCAUACCUGUAUACAAAUACAAGUCUCCUCCACCACCUGUGCACAAGUCUCCUCCCAUACCUAUAUACAAAUACAAGUCUCCUCCACCACCCGUACACAACUCUCCUCCUAUACCUGUAUACAAAUACAAUUCUCCUCCACCACCCGUACACAACUCUCCUCCUAUACCUGUAUACAAAUACAAGUCUCCUCCACCACCCAUACACAAGUCUCCUCCCCUACCCCUAUACAAGUCUCCACCACCACCUGCAUGCAAUUACAAGUCACCGCCUCCACCCUUCCACGUAUACAAAUACAAAUCCCCGCCACCACCUAUAUACAAAUACAAAUCGCCUCCUCCGCCGCCCCCUCAUGUAUACAAGUAUAAGUCGCCACCGCCACAACAACACAAGAAGAAGUUUCCACCGCCGCCAUAUCAUCCCCACCCGGUCUACCGUUAUAGUUCUCCGCCGCCGCCAUGUUAGCUACCUUAAUUAGCAAAAAUGAAGAGAUUCUAAGUAAAGAAUGCUUAUCAUAAUGUCUUUAUUUUCAAUAUCAUAUAUCUCUGUCUCAUCUUAUAUUUAUGAUUGUAAUGCUUAUAUAGAGUAUUCAAGUACUUAAAACCUUCUUGUUA